UAAUUGGAUAGAAUUGGAACAGAAUUUUAAAAACAGAAAAUCCGUAUCCAUGUUUCGCGUGGUGUUGUUUUCCGACUUUGCAUAUAUAAUGAAUCAGGAAAGUGGUUUCUUCUCCACCCUCUGAUUCAUUGUCAACAUACUUGAAUGUAUGUUGACUCUUUUGAUUAAUAUAACUCCCCUUUUACAUAAAAAAAGAAAACCUAGUCGAAAGUUCAAUCAUGCCAGCUCAUUGUUCUUCAAAGCUAGGCGCAGUAGAGAAUUACCUGGAAACUGACCACGCCGAGUGAAAAAUAUCUAAUACGUCUCGAAUUGACACCUGUUUCACUUUUCCAUCUCUGAAACGGCUUCUUCACUUCUCCGUUUCGUUUGCUCCAUUUUUCUCGUCACUGUUCAAGAACUUGGCACUUCUCUUCUCCUUCCGCUCCGUUCUUCUCAUUCAACUUGUCAAGAACUUGACUAAAACUGUUUAUUUUUCAUACUCAUCAAGGAAACAUAAGCUAUUGGAAUUGCGGAGAUCGGAUUUGGGGAACGAUUUGACCUGCACAAGAGAAUCUUGAUCGGUUAGGAAAAAAAAGAACGAGAGACAAAAAUAUGCUCAAAGUGAAUUUUGCUAGUUUGGCCUACUACAAAGAGCCAUAUCACCCAUAAAUUAGAGCUUCCCCAGUUUUGGACCAAAGAAUCCUUUUAUUAAAAAAUAAUUAUUAUUAUAAUAAUAAAAAUUCCAAAAUUAUUCAACCAUUUUUUUGCAGAUACCCAAAAAAAAAAAAAAAAAAAAAAAAAAAAAGGCCUUCAGAUAACUCAAAAUAGAUUCAGUGUUUUCUUUUCCCACUUUUGAAUUCCAAACUUUUACUUCGAGGUGAAGCCCUUGCAUCUAAGCAAAGCCUUCUCUUAUUAUCUCUAAUAUUUCUGUUUGAAAGACCUCUCUCUGGCUCAGCCCUUCUCCUACCUCCAAUUGCACUACAACCUUCCUACAUAGCUCGCAAAAUGGGUCGCUACAGAGCCGUGCCGAUUUCUUGAGAAGCGAUGAGAAAAAUGGAGCAAACAGAGAAAUGACGGAGCCGUCUCGGAAGUUAAAAAAAAUGAUGCAGAUGAUGGUGAUACUGACUGCUGACAUAUGCUUUCAAUGGAUAAAUAUGGGUCUUUAAUCAUUUCUCAAAUGUGCAAGACCAAACACUUUCAAUUUUCCAAAUUUAACCACUUCUAACAACGUUCCAAAAUCAAAUAAAAACAAAAACUGAAAACAAUUGACUAACAGACCUUUACUGCUGAGCAACCACAAUUCGAUGGAAAUUAUCACGCAGAUCAAGAAAACUCUGCUGAAUCAGCAAAGCGCUUUGCAUUGACUCCUCGAACUCUUUCACCAUUCCCAUCGGCAAAAACCCUCCGGCAAUACCUCAUUCAAUUCCUCCAUCCUUAGAAACAACAAUUAGAAAGAAAAAUUUUUUGAAUUCAUUUUCCAUGAGAGGCUCCAUGGCUGAGCCGAUUUUAGGGCAGUCGGUGGGUUUGAGAUAUCGUUGAAGACAUUGAAAUCUUACUCAAGGGAUAGCACGAUUUUGAUGAAAGAACUCAUCUGAUAAGGUGACAGGUGGAAUUUGUCUUUUUUUUUCUCUCAAAAAAUUUUUUUUCAGAAAAAUUAAAAAAAAGAAAAGAUAAAAAUAAAAAAGUAAUAAUGUGAGUUGUACAUGAUAUGAUUUGGACGUUUUGUGUAUGGUUCCCAUGGAGUUGAAAAUAAAAGGUAGCAAUUUGUAAAAUAUUUAUUACAGUCUCUAACUGCAAAUACGGUAAAAGUACUAAAGUGUUUUUUGAUUUUAUAUAUGGAUCCUGUUGAUGAAUAUACCUUAUAGAGUAUGAAAAUGUAUUAGUAUGCAGUUAGUUCUGUAAUAGUGACGUGUCAUUGUUAGUUAGUAUGCUGUUAGUCUGUUUUAACAGUUGUAAUAGUUGUUCAUCUAGGUCAACAAGUUUUGCUGUUAGAAAAGUCUUCUUCUUGUAUAAAUAAUAUUUUCGUGUAAAAGAAAUCGAUGAUUGAAUAUAAUACUAAAAACUUCAUAAAUUUGUUUCUACUUUUCUCUCUGCCUCUCUCUCUCUCUUUUCUCUUUCCUCUUUAUUUUCCUUCAUUUUCUUUCUGUCUAAACACAAUUUUAUCAUGGUAUCAAAGCGAUAUUGAUGAUCCCAUAGAUUGGAAAUGGAAAAUCCAGGAGUUUCGAACAUGAUGAAUUCGUUUGCAAGUUUAAUUUCAGAAACGAAUGAAGUCUCAUUGGUCACUGUCUCUCCGUUCUCGAGUAGCAUCUUGAAGCUUAAUAAUGAAAAUUUCUUGGUGUGGAAGUCUCAAAUUCUUCCCAUAUUACAAGGUCACAAACUUGACAAGUUUGUGCUAUUUGAUGAGCCACAGUUCAUGUGAGAUUUUGUAUACAGUGAUAUAGAGGUAAAUGAAUCCAAUCUGUCUAGGUUUUCUCUUGAGCAGCAAAUGUGAAUUUUGCAAGAUCAACUUCUAUUAGGCUGGUUAACUACUAUAAUUGAAGUUGAAGAGCUUGUAGAUCUUGUUGGAUCGAUGACUUCAAGGAGAUUAUGGUCAUCGAUGGAAGAAACUUAUUCCUAUCAUUCUGAGGUUUUCAUGCUGCAACUUAGGAAUGAAUUACAGACAAUAAUGAAAAGUUCAAUGAAGAUUCUUGACUACUGCAAAAAGAUGAAGAAAAUUGCUGACAAGAUGUGUUCUAGUGGUUUUUCUGUUUCAGAGAAAGAGCUUGUUAUGUGUCUUUUGAAUGGUCUAGGACCUGAAUAUGAAACAAUGCAUGUUAACUACACAAGCAGACCUCCUUUACCCAGCCUUCAAGAGGUAAAGAAUUAUCUUUCUCAUUAUGAAACAACUCUGGAUCAGAAUAAUACUGUGGCCAUGUUUCAUUCUGCAAAUCUUGUGUCUGCUUUCAAUAGUCAGUUAUCUCUAGGCUCUAACAAUGCGUUUCCCUCAUCAUCUCCUACCAUUAAUUCUAUUAAUUAUACUAGUUCAUAUUCUAAUAUUUCUAAUAAUAGAGAAUAUGGUCCUGGAAAGUCUGAUUUUUAUGCAAGGAGAGGUUUUGAUGAUUUUCGUGGUAGAAGUUAUUGUAGAAGAAAUAGAGGCAGUGGUCGAAGUAAUAGAAAAUGGAAGCCUCAAUGUCAAAUUUAUGGGACUGUUGGUCACCUGGCUAGUGUUUGCUACUAUAGAGAUUCCAAUUCUGGCAAUUCUGUCUUUCAAGGGAUUCAUGGACAUACCUCUACUCCUAAUUCUCUUGGUUUUAAUGCUCAAUUCUCUCAAUUGAGUAAUCUUGCACUACUCAAUUCUUCUAUUUUUAGUGGUUCUCCUCAAAUACCAUUAAAUGGUGUACACACUGAUUUUGUGUCUCGACCUGUAGUUCCCACAUCACAUUUUGGUCAUUUUGGUGGAAGUAUGCCUAUGAAUGCUGCUGGUUUUAAUCCAUUGGUUCCUUAUCAGCAAGUGAAUCAUGGAGGGUUACACAGUGGAAAUGGUCUACUUGUUACCUCUCAAACUUGUCAUAAUUUAGAUGCUAAGUUAGUUGGUGGAGGAUACUCAGGACAAGCAUCUGCUAAUGUUGCCACCACACCAGUUUUGAUGGGUGAUCCAAACUGAUAUUUGGAUAGUAGUGCAACUAAUCAUGUUUGGGGACCUGCAGCAACAGCUUCUAAAGAGGGCUAUCAGUAUUAUAUUCAUUUCAUUGAUGAUUAUUCUAGGUUCACCUGGAUCUAUCCUAUGAUAGUGAAGUCUGAAGCCUUACCUAUUUUUAAACAAUUUCAUGUAAUGGUUGAAAGGCUAUUUGAUACCAAGAUUAAGAUCCUACAGUCUGAUUAGGGAGGAGAAUAUAGAUGUUUCCUUCCUUACUUGAAACAAGCUGGUAUUAGUUUUCGACACUCCCGUCCUUACAUGCAUCAGCAAAAUGGACGAGCUGAGAGAAAACACAGGCAUAUUGUUGAAGUAGGCCUGUGUUUUCUUUCUCAAGCUCACAUGCCAUUACUUUACUGGUGAGAAGCUUUCAGUCCAGCUGAUUAUAUGAUUAACAGAUUACCAACAGUUGUUCUUGAUUCUAAAAGUCCUUAUCAAUUAGUAUUCAAGAAGAUACCUGAUUAUGAUUAUUUAAAGGUCAUUGGGAGUGCUUGUUAUCCUUUUUUAAGGCCAUAUUAGUCUCAUAAGUUUCAGUUUCAUACUGAGAAAUAUGUAUUUGUUGGUUAUAGUGCAGACCACAAGGGUUACAAAUACCUUGCUAAAACAGGAAAGGUUUAUAUUGCUCAAAGUGUGAAUUUUAAUGAAAGGGAUUUUCCUUUCUCCUCUGGUUUCUUGGAGUCUAAUUCUACAGCAAAAUCUAUAGUUCAAAAUUCCAAGUUUUCUACAGCUCCAUUGGUUCUUCUUAAGUCCUUGCCUUACCAUAUUAGUUCACACUCAACAUUAUCUAAUGAUAAUUCAAGACAUAGCUCUUCUAAUACUUCUAAUACUUUGCAUACAUAGAAUCAUGUUGCUACUACUGAUAUUUUUUCCUCAGCUGACUUAAAUUUUCUUCCUGAGCAAAGUUCACCUAUUCUAUCUCACAUACCUGUGGAAUCUAAUUUACCUAUGGAAUCAAAUUUGCCUAUGGUUUCUACUGCCUCCAGUUCUAUCUUAUCUAAGCGGGACAAUGUUUCUAACAAACAGUAUGUUUCAGUUCAUCCUAUGCAGACACGAUCAAAGAGUGGCAUUUUCAAACCUAAAGUUUUUACACUUACUCAACUGGUUGCCAAUCAAGGUGAUUUCAAACAAGCUAAUGUUCAAGAUGCUUUGAAACAUCCCAAAUGGAAGGCUACUAUGGAUCAAGAAUAUGAAGCACUAGUUAAAAACAAAACCUGGUCUUUGGUACCUUAUACUCUUGGCAUGAAUCUAGUUAGACACAAGUGGAUUUUUUGGAUUAAAAAAAGUGCUGAUGGAGCUGUUCAACGGUUCAAAGCAAGACUAGUUGCAAAGGUUUUCAUCAACAACCAGGUUUUGAUUUUAAUGAAACUUUCAGUCCUGUUAUCAAGCCUACAACUAUUAGAUUGGUUCUUAGUCUUGCUGUCUCAUAAGGAUGGGCUGUGAAACAACUAGAUUUUAAUAAUGCUUUUUUUAAUGGAGAUUUAUAUGAAACAGUUUAUCUUUCUCAACCUCAAGGAUAUGAAGAUAAACAGUUCCAACACAUGUUUGUAAGCUUCAUAAGGCAUUGUAUGGUAUUAAACAAGCUCCACGACCUUGGUAUGACAAAUUGAAAGGAGCUCUACUCAGUAAAGGGUUUAUCAACAUAAUCUCUGACUCUUCCUUGUUUGUCUUAAAGACCAUGUCUGCAUAUGCCUUAGUUUUGGUUUAUGUAGAUGAUUUUAUUGUUACUGGUUCUAAUGGUGAUGUGAUUAAGAAGUUAAUUUCCGAUCUGAAUUCUCAAUUUUCAAUAAACGACUUGGGAGAUUUGAGUUUCUUUCUUGGCAUUGAAGCAAAAAGAAAUAGCAAUGGAAUGCAGCUAACACAGACCAAGUACAUACUUGAUUUGCUCAAGAAAACCAACAUGGAUGGAGCUCUAGCAUCACUAUCACCUAGGGUUUUGAGUAAACCUCUAUCCUUGAAUGAUGGUGAUAUUUUGUCAAAUCCUGAAUUGUAUCGAAGCACCAUUGGUGAUCUUCAAUAUCUUACAUUAACGAGACCUGAUAUUAGCUUACAGUCAAUAAACUAAGUCAGUUUGUGAAAGCUCCAACUUCUAUUCAUUGGGAAGCAUGUAAACAUUUGUUAAGGUUCUUAAAAGGAACAGCAACACAUGGCUUGUAUAUUAAGUCAACUAUGAAACUUGCACUUCAUGGAUUUUCAGA